CGCUAUGCCGCCCACCGCCCCCCCCAUCGGCAUCGUCCUGCUGCUCAUCCUCGGAGCUGCCGAGGGGAAUCUGUCCCGAGAUGUGAGCCAACCCACGACGUCGGAUGAGACGGUGGUGGCUGGUGGCACAGUGGUGCUCAAGUGCCAGGUGGAGGACCCCGAUGACUCCUCGCUGCAGUGGUCCAACCCUGCCCAGCAGACCCUCUACUUUGGGGAGAAACGAGCCCUACGAGACAACAGGAUCCAGCUGGAGAGGUCCACACCCAACGAGCUGACCAUCAGCAUCAGCGACGUGGUGCUGUCGGAUGAGGGGGAAUACACCUGCUCCAUCUUCACCAUGCCCGUGCGGACCGCCAAGGCCCUCGUCACCGUGCUGGGAAUCCCUCAGAAACCCCAAAUCUUUGGCCACGAGCAGCCCAUCGACGAGGAGAAAAUCGCCCGGCUCACGUGCCGAUCCUCCGGCAGCAAACCUGCAGCGCAGCUCCGGUGGAAGAAGGGCAACAAAGAGCUGAAGGCUGAGGGCACCGAGGUGGUGGAGGACUCCAAUGGGAAGACCUUCACCGUCAGCAGCCGGGUGGAAUUCCGGGUCACCAAGGAGGACAACGACGCCGAGGUUACCUGCACCGUGGACCACGAGUCCUUGCAGAACUCCGAGAGGUCAACCACACAGAAGCUGCAGGUCCACUACAAACCAACAGCGAAGAUCGAACCGCACCCGCAGUACCCAAGGGAAGGAGAGAAGCUGCAGCUGCAGUGUGAUGGGCAAGGCAACCCCGUCCCCCAGGAGUUCCUAUGGGAGAAGGAGGGCAGCGACGCCCCGCUGCAGCUGAGCUCCGACAGCAUCCUCAUCUUCCCCUUCCUCAACAAGAGCGACAGCGGCACCUACAUCUGCACGGCCACCAGCUCCAUGGGCAGCGUCAUCGCCAAGUACAACCUGGACGUCAGCGACGCCAGUCCGGUGCCGUCGACUUCCAGCACUUACCACGCGGUCAUCGGCGGAGUGGUGGCCGUCAUCGUCUUCCUCCUGCUCAGCCUCCUCAUCGUGCUGGGACAUUACCUGAUCAGGCACAAAGGUGUGUGCAUAAGACACGGGGAGACCAUCACCGCCAGACCGCAGCAAAACCCACCCGAGGUGGUGAUGUGCACCUACCUGACCCACGAGGCCAAGGGCUCCGAUGACGCUCCGGAUGCCGACACGGCCAUCAUCAACGCGGAGGGCGGCCAAGCGGGCGGCGACGACAAGAAGGAAUAUUUCAUCUAAAGGGCGUCGGAGAGGAUUUACUCUCGUGCCCGGCACGGGCGGACGGAUGGACAGACGGACGGAGGGAUGGCGGGACAGAGAGCAGAGAGCGACCGGCUGAGAUGUGAUGAUGCUUCUUGUUGAACUUGUACAAAACGUUGUUACUACGAACAGCGAAAGCCCCGUUUGCUUGCUUGCACCUCCAACCCCGCGCCCGGCGCUCGCGCGAAACACAGACCAAGCAGUGAGUGAGCGACGUUCCUUCUUCCUUCGGACCUUUGCUUCGGUUUCGUGGCUGCUCUUUGCUUUGGGCCCUCGGUUGGGGUGUCGGGCUGGGGUCGAUGUAGCUCUUUUCCUUUCGUUUCUCUUCCGUUUUGGGUUUUCGUUUUUGAUGCCCGAGGAUAAAAUCAGCUCCGGGCUCUGCGUCGUCGGUGCUCCCACCGAGAGCUGGGACCUCCCCGUCGUCCCCGGUCCGUAGGGAUGGGG